AUGUGGAUGACCGACUUACCUCCAGCUCUCAUUAGCAGCAAGGAAGAUGCUGCCAACAACUUUGCUCGUGACCACUACACCAUUGGCAAGGAGAUCGUCGACUUGUGCUUAGACCGUAUCAGAAAGCUUGCUGAUAACUGCACUGGUCUCCAAGGGUUCCUUGUUUUCAAUGCUCUUGGUGGAGGCACUGGUUCUGGUCUUGGUUCUCUCCUUCUGGAGAGUCUGUCCGUUGAUUACGGCAGGAAAUCCAAGCUGGGUUUCGCUGUCUACCCAUCUCCUCAAGUCUCUACUUCUGUUGUUGAGCCCUACAACAGUGUUCUCUCGACUCACUCUCUUUUGGAGCACACCGAUGUAUCUGUUCUUCUUGACAAUGAGGCCAUCUACGACAUUUGCAGGCGCUCUCUCGACAUCGAGCGACCCACUUACACCAAUUUUAACCAUUUUGUCUCUCAGGUGAUCUCCUCUUUGACUGUUUCACUAAGGUUCAAUGGUGCAUUGAACGUCGAUGUAACCGAGUUCCAGACCAACUUGGUCCCCUACCCAAGAAUCCACUUCAUGCUUUCGUCUUAUGCUCCAGUCAUCUCUGCCGAGAAGGCUUACCAUGAACAACUAUCAGUUGCUGAAAUCACCAACAGUGCUUUUGAACCCUCUUCUAUGACGGCCAAGUGCGACCCUUGUCAUGGUAAGUACAUGGCUUGCUGUUUGAUGUGCCGUGGUGAUGUCAUGCCCAAAGACGUCAACGCUGCCUUUGCCAUCAUCAAGACCUAGCGCACCAUUCAGUUUGUGGACUGGUGCCCCACCGGAUUCAAGUGCGGCGUCAACUACCAGCCUCCCACCGUUGUUCCUGGUGGUGAUCUUGCUAAGGUCCAGAGAGCUGUUUGCAUGAUUUCCAAUUCGACCAGUGUUGCCAAGGUGUUCUCU